GUAAACAAUAAAACUCCGGGUUAACCCAUAGUCGGCCAUCCAGACGCGGCGCCUGUUAGUAGCGCACACAUGUAAGCUAGCCUGUUAGCACCGUAUCAGUAACAAUCUAUUUAGUUUUACUUUAACCCUAACUAACGUUAAUUAUAAACGUUGGCUAUUUAAUACGAACAUUAAGAAUCAUCUCUACAAUUCUGCAUGGUUUUCCAAAUCAGGUCUACCCAUCAUCUAUUCAUCAGCACCUGCAUGAAUAAUUGUCUUACAGGAUCAUGAAGGUGAAUAAACCCAAACAGGUCAAGGGCCCAGCCAAAUCUCUUAAGUGGAAGGACGUGAGGGGCAAAAGGUGUCGUCCUCCCGUUAGUUCCUCGGAGCUCAACUCCAGUCCGGUAAUGGCCAGACUGGCGAAGGAGCACCAUGCGUCUGUAAAGAAAAAGCCCACCGUCAAGAGGUUGAGGAAUAAGGCAAAGCCCGUCUCUGAGAUGAAGAAUAACAUCCCUCGGACUGCAAUAAAGCCAUCUCACACGGAGGCUAAUGGAGGUUCAGCUUCUAUGGAGUUUACUAUGGACAACGAGUCAAAUGACUGGCAGGACUGGAAGGAGUAUUCCAAGUCCAUUCAGGGGAACGGGGUGGAGACCGCACGUGACCUGGAAUAUGUAAGCACGAGUAGACUGGAGGGAGAGUCUCUCCAUUGCUGUGCAGAGAGAGAUGAUCGACAAAACCAUGCAGUACUUGUCAUGCAGAAGCAUCAGACCCUGUGUUUCCGUGGGAAGUGCCUUUUGACCUGUCUGUACGGUCGAGUAGAAGUGAUGGGAUUCACCAUUGAAGAAGGCCAGCAGUCGUAUCCACUCUUCUCCCCCGCCUCACAUUGUCCCCUGACCAUUAGAGCUCUGGAAGGCUCGGACCAAGGCAGAGAUGACAGAACUGAGGCUUCAACCGUUCUCCGAAAGUAUCUCCAACCAGCAUCACGGAAAAAGUUGCUGAAAAUGAUUACGUCAAACUCCUCCAUCAUCCUACUGGAGCCCAUGGAGACGCCGCUCACCCGCUUUCUGUCAAGCUUCACAGACCUCAGUGAAUUGUUCAACCCCCCGGUGAUGGAACUCAUGUCAGCUGUUCUUGACACCCCACUCAAUGGUUUGGGUAUGGUUCCCCUGGGCCCAGCCAUCGAGGGCCUACAAAUGUCAAAGAGCUACAAAGAUGCUCUCAAUAUGGUUGUCGGCGCAUGCAGAGGGGAUAUGGACGGUUGUGCUGUCGUCCUUGUUUGUGGUACCAAGAAUGUGGGCAAGUCAUCGUUCAUCCGCAACCUCAUCAAUAACCUACUAAAUCACACUGCUAGUGUCGAUUAUUUGGAAGGUGACCUCGGUCAGACAGAGUUCACUCCCGCUGGUUGCCUGUCCCUCUCCACUGUCCGAGGACCUCUUCUGGGUCCACCUUUCACCCAUCAGUGCACACCGGAGCACAUGAUCUACUAUGGUCAUUCUUCAUACGAGACGGACUUGGAGCGCUACAUGGAAUCUCUUAAAUCCUUGUGGCGCAGACGGCCACGGACCAGGGAGACUCCCGUCAUCAUCAACACCGCGGGUUGGGUCAAAGGAUUCGGAUUUCAGCUGCUGGUGGAUAUGAUCCGCUUCUUCCCGGUGUCGCACGUCAUCCAGCUGGGCCACGGCGGCGUCACCCAGUGCCCCGCCCUCACGCCAGAGUUCCUGCGGACGGCACACGGCAGCCAAACGCACCCGCCGGCUGAGACCGCGCUGGCCGAGUUCACGGAGAGCCACAGUCCGCCCAGGAGUUACACCCACCUCGUCGUGCAGUCCGAGUUCCCAGGAGUCGGGCGCCAAGGAACGGCAAAACACCAGCGGUCCAAUGAGCACAGAGAGCUGUCACUGCUGGCCUACCUGAGUCAGCUGCAGUCUCCUGACCCCGGACCGGUUAGACCUCUACACAGCCUCACCCCGUACCAGGUGCCCCAUACAGCCGUGGCUUUGGGUGUUCUCCAUUGUGAGGUGGUGCCCGGUCACAUGAUGUAUGCUGCCAAUGGCAGUCUGGUGGGACUGUGCUGCCUGGGGGAGAAAGUCUCAAGCAAGGGGGGGGCGGUCCUGCUGUCACAGACUCCCAUCUGCCCAUGUGUGGGCUUUGGGGUGCUUCGAGGUAUUGACAUGGCGCGAGGUCUGUACUUUUUGCUGACGCCCGUAGAUCCCUCCGUCCUUCGUAAGGUCAAUUGUCUCCUCCUGGGCGCGAUAUCGCUGCCUUCCUGCGUCCUCACAUCACAGCCUGGCAUUGAAGGAGAGAUGCCCUAUGUGACCACAGACUACAGUUUCGAUCUCACUGGUGCAGGAAAGCUGCGAGUCUUCAAGGGACUGACGAGACCCAGUCAAAUGGGGGCGCUGUGACAUUUCCUACAUUGCGUCUCACACCAAAGUCCUAAUUGGCCUUUCAAUGUACAGAACCGAGGUCGUACGUUGUUUUGUGUGUGUGUGUGUGUGCGUGAGCCUUCGGUCCGACCGAACGGCCAGUUUCACAGACUCUGCAGGGAGGAGAUGGCCGUCCGUCCGGGCCGCUCAACUUCCCACGUCCCCCUGCGUGCGUGUGUUUUAUGGGUCCGUGAAGAGGUUUGCGUGUUGUCUGUCACACGGACAUUAGUACCUCCCUUUGUACUAACAACAUCAUUGUUUUAGUUGUCAUUCCAAAUCUGCUAAUCAAUUAAAGAAACCUGCUGGAUAUUAAAUGAAAAACAA